AUGAAUUCCUAUCUGCUCAACAGAGCCCUCGGCUCUGUCGCUCCCAAUGACUUCCACACCGCGCAGACGGAGCGCUUGGUGCGCAACCUCGAACCAGCACCAGGGAUUCGCUUCUCCAGUCGCAGAGCCGCGCCAGCGCCAGAUCGGUCUGAAGAUGACACAACAUUGAACCCAGACUUUGAUCCCACAGAGAAGCUGUAUGCGCACAAGUCAGGAGUGAAUUGUCUUGCAGUUGACCAGUUCGAGGGACGGUAUAUGAUCUCUGGAGGCGCCGACCCCUCCAUUCACCUAUGGGAUCUCGAGAGCAGAGGCUCGGAGCUCGAACAUAUCCACCGAGCUUGUGCGUCCGUAAGCAAGCCCUCACACAGCGCCGCCCACACACACGCCAUAACCUCGCUCUCGAUCUACCCAUUCGACCCAGUCCCAUCAACCAUCUUCUCGACCGCGCACGACGGCACACUGAAAUGGUCAGCGUUACAAUCCCCCGAAAUCACACCCCUCCACACCUUCAAUCUCGAUUGCACCCCCUACGCACACUCAUUCUCCUCCGCCCCCGGAUCGACUCUCCUCGUGGCUGUCGCGACUUCAGAACAAUCGGUCCGAUUGGUAGAUCUACGUUCGGGCCUGGCAACACACGGCCUGCCGGGCCAUAAUGCCGCCGUACUAUCGGUUGCAUGGGCACCGCAUAAACCCUACCUGCUAGCAUCAGGAUCCGUGGAUAACAGGGUGAUAAUCUUCGACGUCCGGAAAGGAGGGCACAACUCCGCCAUCGCAACGCUAGACAUGGACGACCCGGUCGGUCUAGUCGACCCGGGAUCAGGAUCUGCCCCGUCAUCUUACCAGUCCCGCCCGGCCUUUUCACCGACUGCUCGUGCGCACAAUGGGCCCGUUACGGGCGUGCGGUGGACGUCUAACGGUAGUCAUAUUGUGACUACGGGACAAGACGCGCGGAUUAGGGUAUGGGAUGCUGCGAGUGGCGCGAACACACUUGUUCAUUUUGGUCCGAGGGGAUUCAUGACACCCGGUCAUGAAACACUCCUCUGGCCGAAUUUCAAUGAACAAGAUGACCGCGGCGAGAUCUUCAUGUUCGAACUGCGCGAGGGAACCUUCAUUAAACGACUUAAACUCCCCGGUGUGGCGAUGUCCUCGCAAUCGCAGGUUCGGGGUCGAUCCAGUGCGCUCAGUGCUGCGCGUAUAAAUGAUAUUGUAUGGCGCGGCAAUGGGGCGAGUGGAGAAGGCGUGGAACUUUUUUCGGCGCAUGGGGAUGGGACGAUUCGUUCGUGGGUUUCGAGGGAAUCGGAUGGUGAAUUGGAUGAUGAGGAAGAAGCGGCUGAAGCUACUCGCAAGAGAAAGCGGGAUGUUUUGGAAGAUAUCUAUAAAGGAUUUUUUGGGGCUGAGGAAGCUAGAUCAUUUACUUGA